AAAAUAAAUUCGUUCAAAUAAAUUUAGCUACAGUAUUUUGCUCUUCUAUUGAAUUGAUUAUAUUCAGUAAUAAAGGGUUCACACGUGGCUUUAAGAUUGAAAAAGAUAAAGUAUAACUGACGUGUCCUUAAUGAAAAACAACGUGGCAUUUACGAGCCAUUGCAAAUUUUUUUCAAUGAUACCUCGCAAACUUAAUGAAAGCGAAACAGUUUGAGAUGCUGUUCGUCACUUGUUGUUCGUAACAUAAUUAUAAGAUAUAUUUAAAAGUAUUUAUUUUUUAUGAAAAUAUCAUCUGUCAAUUUCUCAUAUAAGCAUACAUUUCGUUUUUGUAUAUUUUAUACAAAUAAAAUUAAGGUUAUAUUGGCAAUGACCACGUCAAUGAUAAUACAUUUAUAAUAAGAUACAUUAAUAAUUAAUUUUAUUGUCGCGUGAGUGGUUCUUCCGUUUAGAAAUGUUUAUGUUACUUGAUCAAGGGAUCUACGCUGAAAUAUUUUAGGAUGGUAUGUUAUAAUAGAAUGAUAAUUAUCGUCUAACAAGAUGUUUGAUAACAUUGUUAAAAAUUUAGUUAAGGAUUAAAAAUUUAACUCUCGCGUAAAAUAUUUAUUUCGUUGGAAAAUAAAGAAAAGUGUUCGAGAUCAUUGUUGAUCUCUUAUAUCGUUCUCCAUGGGUACUAGAAGAAAAAUGGAAAAGGACGACAAAGUGGAAGAUGGUGUCCACGAAUCGAAUCACGUACAUGAACGUUCCGAUUUACGAGGUGACGAGACUAACAUAGCUAUUCUUUUAUUUUUAUAUCUGUUACAAGGAAUACCAUUGGGCUUAUGUGGUUCUAUCCCUAUGUUACUUCAGAACAGAAAUGUUUCAUAUCGUCAACAGGCUGAAUUUAGUUUUGUCCAAUGGCCUUUUUCUCUGAAACUAUUUUGGGCACCAAUAGUAGAUUCUGUAUUUUCUCAAAAAUUUGGAAGAAGAAAAACGUGGUUAAUUCCAACGCAAUAUUUAAUGGGUUUUUCUAUGCUAUUAUUAUCUACCCAUGUAGAUCAAUGGUUGGGUAAUGAAACUUCAAAACCAAACAUAGGAAUGUUGACCAUAAUAUUUUUUGCUCUAAAUGUAUUAGCUGCAACUCAAGAUAUUGUUGUAGAUGGUUGGGCACUCACUAUGUUAAAAAGAUGUAAUGUGGGAUAUGCAUCAACAUGUAAUAGCGUGGGACAAACUGCUGGAUAUUUCAUUGGUUAUGUAUUUUUUAUAGCAUUAGAAUCUGCAGAAUUUUGUAAUACUUACUUAAGAUCCACUCCUUCUAGCAAAGGCAUCUUGACCCUGCCUGAUGUUCUUUAUUUCUGGGGUUGGAUAUUUGUAAUUACAACCACUUUAGUUGCAUUGUUUAAACAUGAAGAUUCAGAAAAAAUGCAUAAAGAUGGAGAACUAAAUACAGAUGUCAAACAUGCUUACAAAUUAUUAUGGAACAUUGUUAAAUUACCAUCUAUAAAAACUAUCAUUGUAUUUUUGUUAACUGCCAAGAUAGGGUUUUCUGCUUGUGAUGCUGUAACAGGUUUAAAACUGGUAGAAGCUGGUAUACCAAAGGAAAAGUUUGCUCUUAUGGCUGUGCCUAUGAUACCUUUACAAAUAUUACUACCAUUAGCAAUCUCAAAAUAUACAGUAGGUCCAAGACCUAUGGAUGUAUACAUAAGAGCUAUGCCUUAUAGGUUAGCUUUUGGACUUGUAGCAGCAUUUUUAGUAUGGUUAACACCAUAUGUUGUAACAGGGGGACAAGUUCCAGCCUAUUAUUUCAUAGUUUUAAUAAGUCUAUACAUGAUACAUCAGAUUUUCACAAGUAGUAUGUUUGUGGCAUCGAUGGCAUUUUUUGCAAAAAUUAGCGAUCCAGCAGUCGGUGGUACUUACAUGACAUUAUUAAAUACUUUAUCUAAUCUUGGAGGUAAUUGGCCAGCAACCGCAGCUCUUUGGUUUGUUGAUCCAUUAACGUUUCGACAAUGCAGCACCGAUUCCUCGAAUGAUUGUAGCACAAUUUCGGAAAGGGAGUUUUGCACGAACACGCACAAUGGUAUUUGCAAUAUGAACUUUGAUGGAUAUUACAUAGAGAGUAUCUUGUGCUUAAUAAUAGGAUUUGCUUGGUUGAGGUGGGGUCGACGAAAAAUGGAUUUGUUACAGACAAGACCGAUAUCAGCUUGGAAAGUUAUUCUUUCAAAACAAAAUAGAUAACAGUAUUGAAUCCAUUUUGCAACUUGUUGAUACGGUACCUGUAAUUAUUAAGAAAUUGUACAAAUUAAAUUUGAGUAUGUACAUUGA